UCAUUUAAAUUUUUAUCUGUGAUCAAAUAAUCAAAAUGGCAUGAAGAAUAAUAAAUAAAAUAUGUAUUUUGUUAUGAAAUUUGCGGGAAUAAGCUGAUGAGCAUAAUCAGACAUGGAUAAUCAAUUUUUCAAAUGCCCCCUUUGCUGUAACGAGUCCUUUGAUUCGCCGCAAGCAUUGAAAACUCAUAUUUUGGAUGUUCUGAGUAGACUAGUAUGUCCAAUUUGUGAAGAAAAUGUUAACGGUCUUCAAAAUUUCGAGCAGCAUCUGCAGGAUUGUCGAACAGAAGAGAAUUCGGAAACGAAUAGUCUCUGCGAAACGGAUAUUAAGAUUGAAGGUGGAACAGUGGGCACAGAUCAAAAAGAGAAUAACAUCUUAGUUCAGGACAAUCAUCUUAUUAAAGAUGGGAGACGAGAAGGGAUCGAGUAUUAUUGUGAAAUUUGCGACGUUUACUUUUCGGAAAUGAAGAAACAUUUGGUGGAAAAUCAUAUGGGUGAACAAGUUGCAGUGGAAAGCCAAGAAUUAGAUGACCUAUUAAAAGAAAGAACUGUCAUCAAUGAGGAUGUGUCUGAAUCUCAAACAGAAGCGGACACGAAUACUGCGGACACAGAACAUAUAUUCCUAGAACAAGAAAUCUUGGAUGAGGAAGGAAAAUUUUACACCAAGAAGCUAACGAAAAUCAACAUUAUUUCAGAGCAGGAAAGAAGCCCGCCUGUCCUAGAACAGAUUGUCUAUAGGACAAUAUCAAGUGAAGAUACAAAAAUUGAAAGUUCGAUAAAAGUGUAUCGAUGUCAGGAGUGUAAGAUAAGGUUCCUCCAAUUGAGCGUCUAUAACAAACAUAAUUGUAAGUCGAGAAAAGGUGUAAUCUGUGAUAUAUGCUCAGUAUAUUUUCCAAACAAAUCAGGAUUAUCCCUACAUAAAAAGAUAUACCAUGGGGAAAAUACAGUGGGAGAUAGUUUGAUGUAUAAAUGUGAUGUUUGUAAUAUUAAGUUUCCAACGGAAAAAAGUAUCAUCCUCCAUAAGAGAAUGCAUUUACCAGUAUCAAAGCAAAAAUUGAUUGAUGCUCCUGUAACCUACAAUAGCCACGGAAACAUGGUUUCGGAAGAAACCAAUGAAGCUUUCACUUGUGAAAUAUGCGGUAAAGAAUACAACACGAAAUACCUGGAAGUUCAUAUGAAAUCUCACAAGGAAGAACUCCUAAACUGCUCCAUCUGCAACAGGAAGUUCCCAGAUAAGGACGCGCUGAGCAUGCAUCUUCAAGCGCAUGGGAACGAAGUCGAGAAGAAAAUCUCUUGUAGUUUAUGUAAAAAAACAUUUUCGCAGAAAAAAUCCCUAGACGAUCACAUUCAGAACAACUGCGAGAAACGGAAGUACAGCUGCAGUUUUUGCGGAAGGAGGUUCACGAAACCACACGAGAAGGUUAAGCAUGAACGGAUACACACUGGACAAAAACCACACGUCUGCGAGAUCUGCGGUAAAGCUUUCCGGGUGAGCUACUGCCUAACCUUGCACAUGAGGACCCACUCCAACAUAAGACCGUACCAGUGCCAGAUCUGCAACAAGAGGUUCAAAUCGCACGGCGCCUAUCGUCACCACAAUCAGAUACAUUCGGACGUUCGUUCCUACCAGUGCCCGUUUUGCCCGAAAGCUUUCAAAACUGCCGUGCAGUUGGCCGGUCACAAGAACACCCACACUAAACCGUUCUCGUGCAGCACCUGCAGCAGACCCUUCGCCUCGUUGUAUGCGGUCAGGCUGCACAUGAAGUCCCACGAUAACAAGGGGGAAUUCAAACAUCGGUGUCACGUUUGCGGGGCGGAAUACGCGAGGUACACGGCUUUACGGGAUCACAUGGGGACGCAUCCUGAAUGUAUUGAGGAAGUUAUCGUGGAGAGUUCGCCGAAGAAGAUCAAAAAGGUUAAAUUGAAAGUGGAGAAUCCCGAUUGAAAAAAGUAAAAGUUGUGUAGCUAGACGGUUUAAUCGUUUGAUAACAACAAGUUGUUUCCCCCUCUCUCAUACUUGAUCAGUAUUCAUGUACAGAGUGGUCCAUUCCUUAAGCCCCACAUUACGUUUUUAACGGUAUUUAAGAAAGUGUUAGUUGUUUCGUACAAACUCUGGUUUAAGGACGAAAAAAUGAUUGUUUUCUCACAGUUUUAUUUUUAAUUCACUUACCGAGGUUUGUAAAAGAUGGCCAAUCCUCCCAGAUUGAAUUUCAAUCGAUAUAAUUCUGUUGAAAAGUGUUAAUAGUGUUGUUUUCUUUGUGUUAUUUGAAAUAUUUUUCAUAAGGUUCGUUGACAGUGAAUCGGAGACUAAACCUUUUAUAUUUGAAUAAUAGGAGAUUUGAUCAAAUUUUAGAAAUUCCUAUCUCUUAAAAUGUUACUUUUGUAAGAUUUAAGCAAGCACAUACUGUUGAUUAAUGGGAAAAUAUGUCUAUCUUAGAAUUUGUGGGGCGUUAGGAAUUGCUUUACAAUAUAUUUUCUGGCCAUUAA